CACCGACCCCCGGCUUCACGAAAAUGCCUCACCACCGCGUGUAAGCGGGCCAAACUCGCGGGGGGGCGGAGAGAGUCAGGUCUCCGGGCAGCUUUAGAGGAAAAUAAAGGCAGGAUGUUGCAAGUUUUAGCUUGUGGCGCCGUAGUUUUCCCCGGUCUCUUCUUCGCCUUCAGGAGGAUCCUGCCGUGUGUGUUCAGACACUGGAGCGAUGCCGACGUGGUGCUGGUCAGCGAGAGACUGGUGUCCUCCAUCCAUGCCAUCAUGGCAACCACGGCAGGAAUCAUCGUUGUGUCAUCAUGCCGGGGCAGCGUCAUUAACGACAGGCACUGGCUGGCCACUUACUUUGUCAUCUGGUACGGUGUACCUUACAUGACAUACGACAUCUUCGCCAUGUAUCUCAGUCACUACUACCGCUUCCGCGUCAAAGGCCACGAGGACUACAAGCAGCAUUCGCUGAGGACCGUGAACUCCUUCGUCCGCAGGGAGUUCCUGCUGGUGUUGCAUCACAUCGCCCUGCUCACUAUCCUGCUACCUGUUACACUGUUCUUCAGAAGGGACCAGGGGGAUUUCUUCAUCGGCUGUUUGUUUCUAACAGAGCUCAGCACACCCUUCGUCUCCCUGGGGAAGAUACUUAUUCAGCUCAGCCUCCAGGACUGCUGGCUGCACAAGGCCAACGGCUGCAUGGUACUGCUCACCUUCUUCAUGUGCCGCAUCACCCUCUUCCCCUACAUGUACUGGGUGUACGGUCAACACUACGGCAUCCCGCUCUACAGCGUGCCCUUCCACCUGCCGCUGUCCGCCAACCUGGGCAACUCGUGCAUCCUGGCACCGCAGGUCUACUGGUUCGUCCUGCUUUGCCGAAAGGGUUACCGCCUGUACCGGCGCAGCCGCGUGCCAGACGGGCCCCCCGUGGCCGCCGUCACUGACAAUUCUAAGGAUGAUUGAUAUCCAGUUCACGAUCGCUCGCUCAAGCCGCACACUCAGCUACUAAUGCAACUACUCCUGCAAGGGCACUAGUUUGACUUAACACAUUUCAAACCCCACCAUUGUACUGUAGUACACCAGGACUGCCUGCUCUCGUCCCACAACUCCUGGGCAUUUUCCGAACACUUUAACUCCUCUGUUAUGAAUCUGCUGCCUAAGUGGAC